CACAAGCUAGCUUCCAACAUACUAACGUACAGUGUAGCAUGGGGCACUCGACUCGAGUGUAGUAUGUUGUGUUGUGUGUGCCAGCUCAGCUCAGCUCUUCAAGGACAAGCUAGCUAGGAGGCUCUUACCACUCAUGCAUGAGCAGCUAGAGCUAAAGCCCAGCUGGUAUAUAUGUUAUGUAGCAGGCCUAAGCUAAGCUAGCUACUAGCUAUAUAUAAACCCAGGCGAGGCUCUACCUUAGGUACGUACAUACCACACGGUGUCAACAGCCCUAAACUUGAUCAUCCUUCUUCUUCUUCCUACUUAAUAUAUACUGUAUAGCUCUAGCUCUGCUUCCGAUCCUGUACGUACGUAGUACCCACUACACUAGUACACAAUAAGUAGCUAGGCAGCAAUGGCGGCCUCAUCAGUGACGACGACGAUGAUGAGCUUCCGGCCGGCUGCUGCUUCCCUGCUGGUCCUGAUGUUGGUGGUCGUCGGCAGCAGCGAGGUCGCGGCGUGCGGCAGCUGCCCGACACCACCAUCAUCUCCUCCUCCACCGCCGCCCAGCAGCGGCGGCACGCCGUGCCCUCCGCCGCCGUCCAGCUCCGGUAAGUGCCCCAAGAACGCGCUGAAGCUGGGCGUGUGCGCCAACGUGCUGGGCCUCGUCAAGGUCUCCAUCGGCAAGGUGCCCACCGACUCGUGCUGCCCGCUGCUGGACGGGCUCGCCGACCUGGAGGCCGCCGUCUGCCUCUGCACCGCGCUCAAGGCCAACGUGCUCGGCAUCAACCUCGACGUCCCCGUCAAGCUCACCUUGCUCCUUAACUACUGCGGCAAGAGCGUCCCCGAGGGCUUCGUCUGCGCCUAAUUAUAUAAACCAUUAUAUAUUGUCAUGCAUUCAUGUCACUGUGAUUCUAUCUUCUUCCGGAUGUACGUUUUUGUAACGCGCGCAUUAUUGUUCGUUAUAUUACGUUGUUGCCUGCCUUCUCUUUUUUUACUCUUCCUCACUUGCAUUACAUUACAUAUAUAUAAUUGCGUGACAAUACAAAUUGGGUGUAAAAGGAAGAAAUGCAUGGUCCGUCAACGUACAAUAAGAAUGUACUAGUUUAUAUUUUCUUGGUAAUUUAAAUGGAACUUGAAAGAUUUGUCGGACA